CCCGGGAGCCCCAGGCCCGAGCCACGCGAUCGGCCGGCCGCCCGGGGCUCGGGCCGCGGACGCACGAUGGCGACUUGGCGGCGGGACGGCCGGCUGACGGGCAGCCAGCGGCUGCUAUGCGCCGGGCUGGCGGGGGCGCUCAGCCUCAGCCUCACCGCGCCGCUGGAGCUCGCCACCGUACUGGCCCAGGUCGGCGUCGUGCGCGGCCGCGCCCGGGGGCCGUGGGCCGCGGGGCUCCGCGUGUGGCGUGCCGAGGGGCCCCGCGCCCUGUGGAAGGGGAAUGCGGUGGCCUGCCUGCGCCUCUUCCCCUGCAGCGCCGUCCAGCUAGCCGCCUACCGCAAGUUUGUCGUGCUGUUCACGGAUGACCUGGGCCAUAUUUCCCAGUGGAGCUCCAUCAUGGCUGGGAGUCUCGCAGGGAUGGUUUCCACCAUUGUGACAUAUCCUACAGACCUCAUCAAAACCCGGUUAAUUGUGCAGAACAUGCUGGAACCAUCCUACAGGGGGAUCCUCCAUGCAUUUUCUACUAUUUAUCAACAGGAAGGGUUCCUGGCCCUUUAUCGAGGGGUUUCUCUUACUGUUUUAGGUGCUCUCCCUUUCUCUGCUGGCUCCCUUCUAGUUUACAUGAACCUGGAGAAAAUCUGGAAUGGACCCCGGGAUCGGUUCUCUCUCCUCCAGAACUUUGCCAAUGUCUGCCUGGCUGCCGCAGUGACCCAGACCCUCUCCUUCCCCUUUGACACAGUGAAGAGGAAGAUGCAGGCUCAGAGCCCCUACCUUCCCCAUGGUGGAGGGGUGGAUGUCCAUUUCUCAGGAGCAGUGGACUGCUUCCGGCAGAUAGUGAAAGCCCAAGGGGUCCUAGGGCUCUGGAAUGGAUUGGCAGCCAACCUACUGAAGAUAGUUCCAUAUUUUGCAGUUAUGUUUGGCACCUUUGAGUUCUGCAAGAGAAUCUGUCUUUACCAAAAUGGUUACAUCAUGUCUCCUCUGAGCUAUAAAUUGACCCCAGGGGUGGAUCAGAGUUUGAAGCCCCAGGAGUUACGGGAAUUAAAUAAGUUCUUCAAAACUGGACAACUAAAGUCUAAAAAACCAACUCUUUAAAACUGAAUGGAACUAGAGGUGCAUUGAAUGAAGGCGUGUUGCAGAGAGGAAUGUAGCCUCAGAACUGUGCACGCAUGGAGUAACAAGAGGGUGCUCCUGUCUGCUGCUCUUGGAAAUGAGAAGAUUCAGCCACACCUGAGCUCCAGAGUAAUGGCCCUGUGAACACUUGCACCACCGUGAUUUUAUAACAAAAUCUAGCAGUAAUAAAAUGUACAGUUUACACUGUGGAUAUAAAUAGGCAAUGUCAGUCAGUCAGUUCAGUCACUCAGUCAUGUCCAACUCUGCGACCCCAUGGACUGCAACACGCCAGGCUUCCCUGUCCAUUACCAACUCCCAGAGCUUGCUCAAACUCAUGUCCAUCAAGUCAGUGAUGCCAUCCAACCAUCUCAUCCUCUGUCGUCCCCUUCUCCUCUUGCCUUCAAUCUUUCCCAGCAUCAGGGUCUUUCCCAAUGACUCAGUUCUUCAAAUCAGGUGGCCAAAGUACUGGAGCUUCAGCUUCAACAUUAGUCCUUCCAAUGAAUAUUCAGGAUUCAUUCUCUUUAGGAUUGACUGGUUUGAUCUUGUAGUCCAAGGGACUCUCAAGAGUCUUCUCCAACACCACAGUUCAAAAGCAUCAAAUAGGCAGUGUACACAACACCAAAGGGCCUGGCCAUGACCUCUCAGAGCAACGUGCUGUUGACGUGACUGGGCAGACAGCAUGCUGGAGCUCCACGACAGGCUCACAGCUUACACUAACCCAUGGCAGCCUAGUUUCACCCAGAUUCACUUGAGACUUCCCGAUCCAGUCAUUCUAGAACUCACAAUCCUGGCUGACUUUGGAGUGCACACACCAUGAUGUAAAUUAUGCCUUACCAGAAACUAAAUGAAAAACAUUUAACAUUUAAAAGUUACCACCAUCAUAGUAGAUCCAGCCUUCUUUAUUUAAAUUUGAAGCCUUCUUGUGUUUCUAGAAGGUAGUUUAUAGCAUGACUGCUUUGUUAUGCCCCAGAAGACCUUCUUUCAGUUAGUCAUGUAUAGUCCAAAUGGCCUGAAUUCUCUGCCUUUUUAACUUGCUUUGCAAGCCUACCCAGAAAAUAAAUUAUUUAGUCAACUUAUUCUCACAGCAUGUCCCAAUUGCCUAGAGAGGAUCAAAUAGAACAUUUGACACGCACACAGACCCACAAUGUAACUAAAAAAGCACUUUGGGCUAAUCAUGUCUACUAGAUUUUUUUUAAUCAAAUUUUGGGUUUAUUCCACCUUGGGGAUUCUAUGUCAAGUUUAUGUAAUUGUACCUUUUGAAUAGCCUAUCUAUGCAUUAAAAAGCAAUAUCUAAUAUUAAGUUGUUAAUUUAUACACAAACAGAAAGAGACUUUCAGUAUGUUGGAAGUAUUUUUCCCUAUUAAAUUUAUUUUCCAAAGAAAAA